AGYUGGAUGGAGAAGCUGAAAGAUAAGGCAGGAUACAUGUCGGGGAUGCUGGUUCCUGUGGGAGUCGGAAUAGCCGGAGCCCUCUUCAUCCUGGGAGCGCUCUACAGCAUCAARAUCAUGAACCGCCGCAGGAGAAACGGCUCAAAGAGGCACAAAAGAAAGCAGAGGGAAUUUAACAGCAUGCAGGACCGAGUCAUGCUCUUGGCCGACAGCUCCGAAGACGAAUUUUGAACGGAACCGCAGUGCCCUUGGGAGAGCCCGUGACUUUUCAGAGGAGGGAGGGAAGGAAGGAGGGAGGGAGAGAGGGGGAGAGGAGGAAG